ACGGCUCCCAGCGUUCCUUUGUGGAUUUUCUUGGGGUUCAUGUUUUUUUCUCUCCCCGUGACAGGGGCAACUUCUGCCACGACAGGUAUGAGUCAGAGCACAUCCAGCAUCACCGCUGCCGAGGCCACCACGACCUCCAACUCUGCUGCCACCGUGAGCCCCAGCUCCGCUCCCACGGAGACCCCCAACACCGCUGGCACCGCAAACCCCAGCUCUGUGGCCACCACGACCUCCAACUCUGCUGCCACUGUGAGCCCCAGCUCCGCUCCCACGGAGAUUCCCAGCUCCACUCCCAGUGCAACCCCCAGCUCCCCCCUCACUGUGAACCCCACCUCUGCUGCCGCCUCGAACCCCAGCUCUGCUACGAAUACGGCGCCCACCUCCCCUGACACAUCAAUCCCCAGCUCCCCUGACUCUUCAACCCCCAGCUCCACUGCCACCUCGACCCCCAGCUCCCAUACCACUGAGACCUCCAGCUCUGCUACCACCUCGACCCCCAGCUCCCAUUCCACUGAGACCUCCAGCUCUGCUGCCACCUCGACCCCCAGCUCCCAUUCCACUGAGACCUCCACCUCCGCUGCCAUCUCGACCCCCAGCUCCCAUUCCACUGAGACCUCCACCUCGGCUGCCACCUCGACCCCCAGCUCCCCUCCCACUGUGAACCCCAGCUCCACUGCCACCUCGAACCUCGCCUCCCCGGCAGUCUCAACCACCAGCACUCCUGACACCUCAACCUCCACCUCUACUCCUACUGUAAGCCCCACCUCUACUCCCACUGAGAUCCCCAGCUCCUUUCCCAAUGCGACCCCCAGCUCCCCACCCACUGUGAACCCCACUUCUGCUGCUGCCUUGAACCCCAGCUCUGCUGCAACUACAACCCCCAGCUCCCCUGACACUUCAACCCACAGCUCCCCUGCCGCCUCAACGGCCAGCUCCCCUGAUACCUCGACCCCCAGCUCCUCUCCCACUGAGACCUCCAGCUCCACUGCCACCUCGACCCCCAGCUCCUCUCCCACUGAGACCUCCAGCUCCACUGCCACCUCGACCCCCAGUUCCCCUCUCACCGAGAUAUCCAGCUCCACUGCCACCUCGACCCCCAGCACACCAGAUACUUCGACCCCCAGCUCCUCUCCCACCACAACCGACAAUUCCACUCCCACCUCUACCCCCAGUUCCACCCCCACCACAACCGACAACUCCACCCCAAUCAGUGCCACAACCCUCAGCUCCACCCCCACCACAACCCCCAGCUCCACCACCACUACGACUGACAACUCCACUCCCACCACAACCUCCAGCUCCAUCCCCACCACAACCAACUCCACUCCCAUCUCAACCCCCAGCAACACCCCCACCACGAUCGACAACUCCACUCCCUCCUCAACCCCCAGCAACACCCCCACCACGACCGACAACCCCACUCCCUCCUCAACCCCCAGCACCAAUCCAACCACGACCGACAACUCCACUCCCAUCUCAACCUCCAGCUCCACUCCCACCACGACCGACAACUCCACUCCUAUCUCAACCCUCAGCUCCACUCCCACCACGAUCCCCACCUCCACUCCCAUCUCAACCCCCAGCAACACCCCAACCACGACCGACAACUCCACCCCAACCAGUGCCACAACCCUCAGCUCCACUCCCACCACAAGUUCCACUUCCAUUCUCACAAUGACCCCCAGCUCCACCCCCACGACCGACAACUUCACCCCCACCUCAACGCCCAGCUCCAGCCCCACCACAACCGACAACUCCACCCCAACCAGUGCCACAACCCUCAGCUCCUCUCCCACCACGACCCCCACCUCCACUCCCAUCUCAACCUCCAGCUCCACUCCCACUACGACCGACAACUUCACUCCCUCCUCAACCCCCAGCAACACCCCCACCAUGACCGACAACUCCACCCCAACCAGUGCCACAACCCUCAGCUCCACUCCCACCACAAGUCCCAACUCCACUUUCACGAUGACCCCCAGCUCCUCUACUACAUCCACCCCCAGUUUCAGUCCCACAACAAUCCCCAGCUCCUCUGCCACAUCAACCCCCAGCUCCAUCCCCACCACAACUGACAAUUCCACCCCCACCUCAGCCCCCAGCUCCACCCCCACCACAACCGACAACUCCACUCCCACCACAACCCCCAGCUCCAUUCCCACCACAACCAACCCCACUCCCUCCUCAACCCCCAGCACCAAUCCAACCACGACCGACAACUCCACUCCCAUCUCAACCUCUAGCUCCACUCCCACCACGACUGACAACUCCACUCCCUCCUCAACCCCCAGCAACACCCCCACCACGACCGACAACCCCACUCCCUCCUCAACCCCCAGCACCAAUCCAACCACGACCGACAACUCCACUCCCACCUCAGCCCCCAGCUCCACCCCCACCACAAACGACAACUCCACUCCCACCACAACCCCCAGCUCCACACCCGCCACGACUGACAACUCCAUUCCAACCUCAACCCCCAGCUCCAUCCCCACCACAACCAACUCCACUCCCACCUCAACCCCCAGCACCACCCCCACCACAACCAACAACUCCACUCCAACCAGUGUCACAACCCUCAGCUCCACUCCCACCACAAGUCCUAGCUCCACUCUCACAAUGACCCUCAGCUCCACCACCACGACCGACAAUUCAACUCCCACCUCAACCCCCAGCUCCAUCCGCUCCACAACCGACAACUCCACUCCCACCUCAACCCCCAGCUCCACUCCCACUACGACUGACAACUCCACUCCCACCUCAACCCCCAGCUCCAUUCCCACCACGACCGACAACUCCACUGCCUCCUCAACCCCCAGCAAAACCCCCACCACGACCGACAACUCCACUCCUAUCUCAACCCUCAGCUCCACUCCCACCAUGAUCCCCACCUCCACUCCCAUCUCAACCUCCAGUUCCACUCCCACCACGACUGACAACUCCACUCCCUCCUCAACACCCAGCUCUACUCCCACCACGAUCGACAACUCCACUCCCUCCUCAACCCCCAGCAACAACCCCCCCACGACCGACAACCCCACUCCCUCCUCAACCCCCAGCACAAAUCCAACCACGACCAACAACUCCACUCCCACCACAACCCCCAGCAACACCCCCACCACAACCGACAACUCCACUCCUAUCUCAACCCUCAGCUCCACUCCCACCACGAUCGACAACUCCACUCCCUCCUCAACCCCCAGCAACACCCCCACCACGACCGACAACCCCACUCCCUCCUCAACCCCCAGCACCAAUCCAACCACGACCGACAACUCCACUCCCACCUCAGCCCCCAGCUCCACCCCAACCACAACCGACAACUCCACUCCCACCACAACCCCAAGCACCACCCCCACCACAACCGACAACCCCACUCCCUCCUCAACCCCCAGCACCAAUCCAACCACGACCGACAACUCCACUCCCAUCUCAACCUCUAGCUCCACUCCCACCACGAUCGACAACUCCACUCCCUCCUCAACCCCCAGCAACACCCCCACCACGACCGACAACCCCACUCCCUCCUCAACCCCCAGCACCAAUCCAACCACGACCGACAACUCCACUCCCACCUCAGCCCCCAGCUCCACCCCCACCACAAACGACAACUCCACUCCCACCACAACCCCCAGCUCCACACCCGCCACGACUGACAACUCCACUCCCACCUCAACCCCCAGCUCCAUCCCCACCACAACCAACUCAUCUCCCACCUCAACCCCCAGCACCACCCCCACCACAACCGACAACUCCACUCCAACCAGUGCCACAACCCUCAGCUCCACUCCCACCACAAGUCCUAGCUCCACUCUCACAAUGACCCUCAGUUCCACCACCACGACCGACAAUUCAACUCCCACCUCAACCCCCAGCUCCAUCCGCUCCACACCCGACAACUCCACUCCCACCUCAACCCUCACCUCCACUCCCACUACGACUGACAACUCCACUCCCAUCUCAACCUCCAGUUCCACUCCCACCACGACCGACAACCCCACUCCCUCCUCAACCCCCAGCACCAAUCCAUCCACGACCAACAACUCCACUCCCACCUCAACCCCCAUCUCCAGCCCCACCACGAGGGACAACUCCACUCCCACCUCAACCCCCAGCUCCACUCCCACCACGAUCCCCACCUCCACUCCCAACUCAACCCCCAGCUCCAUCCCCACCACGACCGACAACUCCACUCCCACCUCAACCCCCAGCUCUAUUCCCACCAUGACCGACAACUCCACUCCCUCCUCAACCCCCAGCUCCACUCCCACCUCAACCCCCAGCAACACCCCCACCAUGACCGACAACUACACUCCCUCCUCAACCCCCAGCUCCACUCCCACCUCAACCCCCAGCAACACCCCCACCACGACCGACAACUCCACCCCAACAAGUGCCACAACACGCAGCUCCACUCCCACCACAAGUCCCAACUCCACUUUCACGAUGACCCCCAACUCCUCUGCUACAUCCACCCCCAGUUUCACUCCAACCACAACCCCCAGCUCCACAUCCACCACGACUGACAACUUCACUCCCACCUCAACCAGCAGCUCCAUCCCCACCACAACCAACAACUCCACUCCAAGCAGUGCCACAACCCUCAGCUCCACUCCCACCACAAGUCCUAGUUCCACUCUCACAAUGACCCUCAGCUCCACCACCACGACCGACAAUUCAACUCCCACAUCAACCCCCAGCUCCAUCCGCUCCACAACCGACAACUCCACUCCCACCUCAACCCUCAGCUCCACUCCCACUACGAUUGACAACUCCACUCCCACCUCAACCCCCAGCUCCACCCCCACCACAACCGACAACUCCACUCCCUCCUCAACCCCCAGCACCAACCCAACCACGACCGACAACUCCACUCCCAUCUCAACCCCCAGCUCCAGCCCCACCACGAGUGACAACUCCACUCCCACCUCAACCCCCAGCUCCACUCCCACCACGAUCCCCACCUCCACUCCCAACUCAACCCCGAGCACCACUCCCACCACAACCGACAACUCCACCCCAACCAGUGCCACAACCCUCAGCUCCACUCCCACCACAAGUCCUAGUUCCACUCUCACAAUGACCCUCAGCUCCACCACCACGACCGACAAUUCAACUCCCACAUCAACCCCCAGCUCCAUCCGCUCCACAACCGACAACUCCACUCCCACCUCAACCCUCAGCUCCACUCCCAAUACGAUUGACAACUCCACUCCCACCUCAACCCCCAGCUCCACCCCCACCACAAACGACAACUCCACUCCCUCCUCUACCCCCAGCACCAACCCUUCCACGACCGACAACUCCACUCCCAUCUCAACCCCCAGCUCCAGCCCCACCACGAGUGACAACUCCACUCCCACCUCAACCCCCAGCUCCACUCCCACCACGAUCCCCACCUCCACUCCCAACUCAACCCCGAGCACCACUCCCACCACAACCGACAACUCCACCCCAACCAGUGCCACAACCCUCAGCUCCACUCCCACCAUAAGUCCCAGCUCCAGUCUCACAAUGACCCCCACCUCCUCUGCUACAUCCAUCCCCAGUUUCACUCCCACAACAACCCCCAUCUCCUCUGCCACAUCAACCCCCAGCUCCACCCUCACCACAACUGACAAUUCCACCCCCACCUCAGCCCCCAGCUCCACCCCCACCACAACCGACAACUCCACUCUCACCACAAUCCCCAGCUCCACACCCACCAUGACUGACAACUCCACUCCCACCUCAACCCCCAGCUCCAUCCCCACCACAACCAACUCCACUCCCACCUCAACCCCCAGCAACACCCCCACCACGACCGACCACUCCACUCCCUCCUCAACCCCCACCACGACCAACAACUCCACUCCCACCUCAACCCCCACCACGACCGACAACUCCACUCCCACCUCAACCCCCACCUUGACUCCCACCUCAACCCCCAGCUCCGCUGCGAUCAUGACCCCCAGCCCCACUCCGACCAUAACCGCCAGCUCAUCUGCCACCUCAACCCCCAUCUCAUCUGACACUUCAACCCCCAGCUCCCCUGCUGCCUCGACCCCCAGCUCUGCUGUCACCUCAACCCCCAGCUCCACUGCCACCUCAACCCCCAUCUCAUCUGACACUUCAACCCCCAGCUCCACUGCUACCAUGACUCCCAGCUCUGCUGGCACCUCAACCCCUAGCUUCACUGCUACCAUGACCGCCAGCUCCACUGUCACCAUGACCCCCAGCUCUGCUGCCACCUCGACCCCCAGCUCCGCUGCCACCUCGACCCCCAGCUCUGCUGCCACCUCGACCCCCAGCUCCGCUGCCACCAUGACCCACAGCUCUGCUGCCACCUCGACCCCCAGCUCUGCUGCCGUCUCAACCCCCAGCUCCACCCCCACCACGACUGACAAUUCCACCCCCACUUCAGCCCCCACCACGACCGACAACUCCACUCCCACCUCAACCCCCAUCUUGACUCCCACAACGACCCCCAACUCCACUGCGAUCAUGACCCCCAGCCCCACUCCUACAAUGACCGGCAGCUCCACCCCCACCACGACCGACAACUCCACUCCCACCAGACCCCCCAACUCCACUCCCACCUCAACCCCCAGCUCCGCUGCGAUCAUGACCCCCAGCCCCACUCCGACCAUGACUGCCAGCUCAUCUGCCACCUCAACCCCCAUCUCAUCUGACACUUCAACCCCCAGCUCCCCUGCUGCCUCGACCCCCAGCUCCACUGUCACCUCGCCCCCCGGCUCUGCUGCCGUCUCAACCCGCAGCUCCGCUGCCACCUCAACCCCCAGCUCAUCUGACAGUUCAACCCCCAGCUCCCCUGCUGCCUCGACCCCCAGCUCCACUGCCACCUCAAUCCCUAGCUCCACUGUUACCAUGACCCCCAGCUCCGCUGCCACCUCGACCCCCAGCUCCGCUGCUACCUCAACCCCCAGCUCCGCUGCCACCUCGACCCCCAGCUCCGCUGCCACCUCAAUCCCUAGCUCCACUGUUACCAUGACCCCCAGCUCCGCUGCCACCUCAACCCCCAGCUCCGCUGCUACCUCGACCCCCAGCUCCGCUGCUACCUCAACCCCCAGCUCCGCUGCCACCUCGACCCCCAGCUCCGCUGCCACCUCAAUCCCUAGCUCCACUGUUACCAUGACCGCCAGCUCCGCUGCCACCUCGACCCCCAGCUCCGCUGCUACCUCGACCCCCAGCUCCGCUGCCACCUCAACCCCCAGCUCCACUGUCACCUCGACCCCCAGCUCCGCUGCCACCAUGACCGCCAGCUCCGCUGCCACCUCGACCCCCAGCUCCGCUGCCACCUCGACCCCCAGCUCCGCUGCCACCAUGACCCCCAGCUCUGCUGCCACCUCGACCUCCAGCUCCACUUCCAGAGCUACCAGCUCUGCUACAAUCUCUCCACAAUCUACAGUCACUACAUCCAAGAAUACUGGGCAUCCUACCUCUUCUGGGUCUCCUGCAGUUACACCCACCCCCGCUGUCAUCAGCUCUGCAAGUUCACCUAGCUCCAGCGCUUCUAGCGUCCCAGCCUCAUCUGCUCCCACCUUGGGUUCCAUCCCAACUAGUGGAGAUACGACUUCUUCUGGCCCACCGAGGACUGGACCAGCCACCUCUCCCAGUCUACCAGAAUCCACGACACCUUCAGGGUCUGGCGCUACCGCCUCAUCUUUUGGGCCCGUUUCUGUCACCUCACAGACCACAGCCUCUCCGGAUAGCAGCGCCCUCCCCUACUGGGCCAUUAUCCUCAUCUGCCUGGCCGCGCUGAGUCUGCUGAGCUUCUGCUCCCUGCUGGCGUUUUUCCUAAAGUCGAGGCUGGCUGGUGCCACCUCCUACUCCGUCCAGAAGGCUCAUCAGUUCCUCCAGAACCGGACCUGAUGCGAUCACAGCUGAGGGAAGAAUGGGCCAUCCAAAACCUCCGACUACAGCCACCCAUAAGGGGGCUGCUCCGAUCCGGCACACCAGGGCUAACCCAGAGCCACUAUAGUCAGUAUUGAGCCGAGAAAGCCAGUAUUAAUCCUUAGCUGCCAGAUGAACAUAUGCUGCCUUCUGGGGGGCAGCGGUGGGAUGGCGCUUUGGUCCCCUUCCGGGGGCAGGGAACACAGAUCGGUGGAAUCUGCACCGAGAACCCAGGCAUCCUAUGUUCUGUUACAUCCAUUAGGUGGAACCCAGAAGAAAGGAACAGAGAAAAUAAAAAGGAGAUGAAUGACUAUCGAAUGGGCUGGAUGGUGGUGGGAUUGUCCAGUGGUUAGUGCAUAGGACUCCUGGCUUCUAUCCCCAAUUGUUGGAGUGAAGUGGGGUCUAGUAGGUUAAGCAGAGGGAGCUGGGAGCCAGGACACCUGGGUUCUAUUCCUCUGACUGCACAGCAUCCAUUUAACAAAUAUUUUCUUUGCUGGUCUGCACUGCUGUAUUUGGCUGCCUUAGACUGUGACCUCUUCAUGGCAGGGCCUGUCUCUCUCUGUGUGUCUGUGCAGCGCCCGGCACAACGGGGCCCUGAUCUCAGCUGGGGCAGGGACUGUCUCUCCCUGUGUGUCUGUGCAGCGCCCGGCACAACGGGGCCCUGAUCUCAGCUGGGGCAGGGACUGUCUCUCACUGUGUGUCUGGGCAGCGCCCGGCACAACGGGGCCCUGAUCUCAGCUGGGGCAGGGCCUGUCUCUCCCUGUGUGUCUGUGCAGCGCCCGGCACAACGGGGCCCUGAUCUCAGCUGGGGCAGGGCCUGUCUCUC